AUGUCGGUUUAUUUAGGAGACAUUUGUGUUUUCAAAGGCCGACCUUAUGCGGUAGACAAAACUGGAUGGACAGUUGGAUUUGGACCGGAGGAUGAUUCCACUGUCCGGUUAGUUGCUGAAUCUUUGGUUGGUGGUGGAGAUAUUAAAUUCUUAGUGGAGAGCAAGGGUGAUUUGUUGUUAAUAGAUGUUUACGAACAUAGGUUUGAUGAUGAUCGCGGAUGUGUAAGGAUUGACUUGUUUAAGCUUAAUGCAAGGGAGAAGAAAUGGGUGAAGUUGGCUAAUUUAGGAGAUACAGUUUUGUUCUUGGGGUUGUUCUGGUCAUUUUCUGCUUCUGCUUUGGAUUUGUGUGUUCACAAAGGGAAUUGUGUCAUCAUUAUGGAUAAUAUCUUCACUCGUGUGCGGUGUAAGAGCUCUUUUUUGGACUGGGAUGAUGGUCGACUUUUACCUUUGUCCGAUUAUCCUGAAUAUUUUGAAUUGUUUUGCCAUCUCAGAUGA